AUGAGGCUGUGCUUGGUGGUUUGGGUCUUGUUGCUUGUGGCGGUCCUGCCGGCGCAUUCUUCGCUUGUGGCCUACUACGACUUCGAUGAUGACUACUCCGGCAUCUCGGGCUAUUGUCAGAACAGCGUGCCCUCUGGCGUCGCCGCCGGUUCCGCUGACAUCUCUUCUUCCAACGCCCGGUUUGGGUCCGCCGGUCUGGUCCUUGCCGGCGGACCAGAUUACAUCCGCGUGGAUGGCAUCAAUCUGUUCCCCGGGGCCGCUUCCUCCGCCUUCUCCGCGUCGGCGUGGAUCAAGCUCACGUCCCUAAGCAGCAGCUACACCUCGCGCGUCAUUGUCCGCAAGAACUCGUUUAUGCUCUUCCAGCUGUCCACCCUCGGCGGCUCAGGCCGAAACUAUGCACUGUCCUGUCAACUGUACUUCAGCGCGUCGGUCUCCUCGAGUGUCAACACGGCCAACAAUCUGUUCACGCAGGCCAACGGCGCCUCCUGGGCUCACGUGGCCUGCGUCUACAACACCACUCACGUGUGCGUGGCCCACAACGCCUGCACCCCGGCCUCGGCGCAGCAAAUCUCGCCGUCGGCCGACUCGCUCUACGUCGGAGCCACUUCGAAUUCGCUCCGCGGCUACGUCGACGAACUCAAAUUCUACGACCACGCACUCACCGAACAGCAGCUCCGGCGGCUCUACAACGCGGUGGCCGCCAACGACGUGCCCUUCGCUACCGUGGAUAUAGAGCUGAUCUGGUUCAUGUCCAUAGUCGCGGACGGAAUGGCAGGCUCGAGCCUUAGUGCCGCCGCGCUGACGACACUGAACGUGUCGGUCAACAGCUCGGACGGCAAGUUGGCCUAUUCCGGCCAGGCCGGCACCGAACUGUUCUAUUCGUGGAGCGUUCUGAGCAGCCUGUGCGGCAUCGCCGACAUCUCCAACAGCACCUCCAGCCAGCCCGCGCUGGCGCUCAGCAACGUCGGCUCCUUCGUCUUGGGCCUGUGUGCGACGGACGGCGAAUUGUCGGCGUACGCGACGGCGCAGGUGCAGGUCACGGCGAGCACGCCCAGCAUCGAGUCGCAGACCGCCGGCCCCUUUCUCGACAUUCCGCUGGGCUACGUCAACUUUCCGGUGACGGUGACGGCCGGCGGCGUGCCGGCCCCGACCUACCAGUGGCAGUACCUCACGUACGAGAACUACACCGCGCCGGACAACACCACCGUGCCGGACAACUCCACGACCGGCAACACCACCACUGUGGCGCGGCGCAGCUUCGACUUUGACGACUUCGGACCCGAGUUCCCUCUCCGCUGGCACGGCGCUCGCGCAGUCAUCGAGGUGUGGAAUAACUUCGAGGGAGCUGUGGAUAGUGUGUACCGGAUCAACGGCACUGCGGAGAACAACAACCAGUCGAUCCGCUGCCUGGUGACCAACACCGGCGGCGAGACCUACAGCGGCACCUACGUGGUGCGAAUCGGCGCGGCGGCCGCGUCGCCGUCAGCCAAUCCCGGCUCGGGUGGUGGCGAUUCAAGUGGCGACGACACCAACAUCGGCGCGAUCGUGGGUGGAGCCGUGGGAGGUGGCGUGGGCCUGGUGUGCCUGCUCCUGCUCCUGUUGGCCCUCGUGGUCCUGGUGCUGGCCCGGCGGAGGAACGGCCGGCGGCAGAUGCGCAAGCUCACCCAGCCCGACUACGCCGAGCUCGCCUACGGUGACGUCGACAACGUCUCCCUGCCCAAGCGCAAAGCCGAGGCAAGUCCGCCCCUCCCCCGCCCCCUUGCUGACCAAUACGAAAAGCUGGAGAAGCUGUUGCUGGCCGAGAACGGCCGGAUCGCGCACGCCAUGUUCGUCGGCAUCGCCUCAACGGACUCGGAGAAGGUGGCCAAGGCGGUGAUGCGGGUGUUCGAGGCCAACCACCGGGGCUACCAGCUGCUGGAGCGGCGCAUCAGCGACGAGGUCGAGGCGGCGGACGAGGAGGGCACCCUGUUCCGGGCCAACAGUAUCGCGGCCAAGCUGUUCGGCACCUACGUGCGGAUGACCUCGCUCCCCUACUGCUGGUUCACCCUCGUCACCUCCGUCAACUCCCUCAACGACAACGCCCUCGAAGCCUUUGGCGACGAACAAGAGGGUGCGUCGAAAGCGAGCAGGAGGAUGCGGUACCAGAUCGACGAUGAGGGCAGCGGGAGCAUGAGCAUGGACGUGUUCGCCUCGGGGGCCACGACGAUGGAGAUCGACCCGCACAAGGUGGACGAGGCCUCCGACACGACGAUCAACAGCCUCGAGCUGUGGCUGGUCGCACAGAAGCUGUUCAAGUGCAUCGUCGACAGCGAGCGCAUCAUGCCUACACAGAUCAAGCAGCUCAUGCACCACAUCGACUCCGAGGUGGGCGCUCGCUUCAGCGCCCAGGCCCAGUUCCGCGCGCUGGGCGGCUUCCUCUUCCUGCGCAUGGUCUGCCCGGCCCUGAUGGCGCUCCAGGUCUACGGCCUGCUCGACGCCCCGCCCCACCCCGUGGCGCAGCGGCAGUUCAUCCUGGUGUCGAAGGUGUUGCAGAAUCUGGCCAAUGACACGCUGCCCGCCAAGCAGGCCUCGCUGAUCCUCCUGGCCCGGUACUUGAGCGCCCACCUGAAGGGCGUUGAGCAGAGCCUGGAGGAGGACGGCAGCGAACUGGUCGAGCAGUUGAGGGACGUCCUGGCCAAGCUGGGCGAUGACACCAACGUGUAA